CGAAAGGAAGUGAUGUAAUGAAGAUAAUUAAUGAAUAUUUUGAAAAGCACGACAUUAUGUGGGAAAAGCUUGCAGGUUUUUGUACGGAUGGAGUUCCAGCUAUGCUAGGAUCACGUUCGGGCCUAGCAACGUUGGUUAAAGAAAAAAACUGUUCAGCAUUGACAACGCAUUGUGUAAUUCAUCGACAAGCAUUAGCUUCAAAAACAUUACCUGAAGAACUCAUAUAUACAUUAAAACAGUCAGUAAAAAUGGUGAACGCUAUCAAAAGUAGUGCACUAAAUACUCGCAUUUUUAAAAAAAUAUGCUUGGACAUAGAUUCUGAAUAUGAAACUUUGCUUUUUCAUACCGAAGUCCGAUGGCUUUCGAAAGGAAACAUGUUGGCACGAUUAUUUUCACUUAAGGAGGAGGUGACAGUGUUUUUAACUGAGAAAAAAAUGAUCGAUUUAUUGAAAUGUGUUUGUGAUCAUAAGUUCGAAAUGCACUUGGCUUAUCUUGUCGAUAUCUUUGAGCAUUUAAACAAGCUUAAUUUACAAUUACAAGGCUCCGGAAAUCAUAAAUUGGAAGGCGCUGCAAAUAUAUUUAUAUUUGAAGAUAAACUUCGCGCAUUUAUUUGUAAAAUUAAUUUAUGGAUAAGUAAAGUUGAGAUGAAUAACUACUCAACGUUUCAAACACUAAAAAGCAUCGUCGACAACGAAAAAUAUGCUGACUUCGUGCCUGAGGUCCAUCAAAAUAUUUUACACCAUCUGCAUAAACUUAAAGAUGAAUUUAACCGGUAUUUCCCAGAAUAUAAUGGUUAUGAAACGAAAGGUGUCCGAAGUAUGAUUCGAAACCCUUUUAUUGUCAAAGUUGAUGAGGUGGAUGAUGAUAUCCAGGAAGAUUUGAUAGAGUUACAAAAUGAUCGAAACUGUAAGGAUACGUUUGAAUCUUCCAUGAAUAUCGAAGAGUUUUGGUGUAAAAAAGCAAUUACGUAUCCUAAGCUUCGAGAAAUCGCACUAAGAUAUUUAGUCAUGUUUUCAACAACUUAUAUGUGCGAACAAGGAUUUUCCGCACUGCUCUUCAUUAAAAACAAACAAAGAAAUCGGCUGGACGCCACUAAAGACAUGCGUGUAGCUUUGAGCAAUAUUACCCCAAGAAUAUCUUUGUUAGUAAAGGAAAUGCAAGCGCAAAAAUCACAUUAA